AUGAAAAUUCCUUGGCCAGCACGUCUCUUAAAUUAUUUUUUAGCAUGUAAUUCAAGUUUUAGUGGUUGUACCUUUUUACUAGUAAUUAUUUGGCAGAUAAUUGUUGGUUUUGAGCAAUUAACUACUGCAUCAUGGUGUACAAUCCCUACAGUUUCUCUAGCAACAUCACUAGCAGCUGUGGGCAAUUCAUUUUUAUUACAUGCUAUUAGUCGAUUAUUCUUUUUAAAAUUCUAUAAAUAUAAACGUUUAUUAAAAUUUCCAAUACAUUUUAUAAUGGUAAUUGUUAGUUGGACGAUCAUUAUCCUUGUUGUACCCAUUAUGCCAUUAUUUCACAAUGGAUAUCAAUAUGAAAUUGAAUCUCAUCUUUGUUUGGGAACAACAAAAUAUGCAUUGACAGUAUUCUAUUUAUUACCUACCGGUUAUAUGCUUCCGUUCUUAGCUGUUAUUGAGAUUUAUGCUUAUACUCGGGUAAUCAUAAGUUCACUCAGUCUAUUUCAAAAACUUUAA